UAUAUAAGAUCAUUUCAGCGUCUUUGUCACGAAACUUCGUUGUGACCUCCUCAAUUACGGAAAAGUGUUGUAGAUGUUCCAUACUGCUCUCCUUAGCUUCUCUAUAAGACUUCCCAGCUGAAAAUAAAAAAAUGGGAAGAGCUCCGUGCUGCUCUAAGGUUGGUUUACGUACAGGUCCAUGGAGUGCGAAAGAAGAUAGCACGCUUGUUAAUUAUAUUAAGGCACAUGGUGAAGGUCGUUGGAGAAAUUUGCCUAAAAGAGCCGGGCUACUUCGAUGUGGGAAGAGUUGCAGGCUAAGGUGGGUGAACUAUCUGCGACCCGAUAUCAAGCGGGGAAACAUCUCAUCUGAUGAAGAGGACUUGAUCAUCAGGCUUCAUUCUCUUCUUGGUAAUCGUUGGUCUCUCAUCGCUAAAAGACUUCCAGGUCGUACAGACAAUGAGAUUAAAAACUACUGGAAUUCCCAUAUCAGAAGGAAAGUGGAAAAAAGCAGAAUACCAGGACCAAAAGCAAUAAGAGUGGGAAAGAAGAGGACCCAGUUCACCAAUGGAAGGAGACUUAAGAACAGUCCAGACAGUUCAAAGGAAGGGACUGCAAGCACCAAAAUAUAUCUCCCCAAGGCCGUUAAGGUUUCCCCAUAUUCUGUGACAAUCAAAAACAUCGGUUUGAAUAACGAGGCAGAUGGGUUUACAUCAUCGGGCCGUGAAGAAGAAGGAAAUGUUGUAACACCAAAUGAUACAGAAGUUCCAUCAACUAUUCAUUCCCCAUUUUGGACUGAUCUUUUUCUAGAAGAAGCUGUUAAUGACGAAGGAUAUAGGCUUGAUAAUGCGAGUGAUAUUUCAUUUUUAGACUUCGUACCAACUCAAGAUGACAUGCUAGAUAAAGUCAUUGAGGAGUAUCAGCAGCUUCUCAACUUCGAAGACAGUGUAGCAUUGGAUUCUCUUUCAGUCUGAUUGUUUGCUAAGAUGUACGAGAAUUGCGUAAUAAGUAGUAUUUGCAGGUUAAUCUGAACGAGAAAACAUAUUUAGAUGUUAAUAAUUGAUUGUGAAAUUUCCACCUGCGCCUUCCUUGUUU